ACAUUACCGAAACCCAUUCGGAAAAACAACAUGGCCGCUCCAUAGUUACGAAGUACGCCAAAUGUCAUUCAGGUUAAAUUUGACAAAAUGUAAUAAAAAGAGAGAUUUCCGUUUGAAUAUGGCUCUUGCUGUGCUUUUAGAUGGGGAAACACAAGCAUAAUGCGGUAGGAGAUACGAAAUUCGUUCCCCGCAUUAGCUCUGCAAGUCGAAAAAUUGCAGCCCGUCGAUUUGAGCAAGCAGCUUCAAGCGGCACUCCACAUUAUAUGAAUGAUACCACUACCAGGUCAAAAGUGCAGUUAGCACCAAUUUCAACAGAUGAAAACACACUAUUUACGAAAGUGAAUAAAGGUUUUUUUGCAGAUUCCAAAGAAUCUGAUGAAACAAAAAAGUUGUUGAAACAUUCUGGUAGAGAAGUGCUUAAACCUAUCGCAAUGAGCAAGCAGCCUUCAGUGAUGUUGGAUGACAAUGUCUUUACCUUCCGGCCAAAAGUUAGUUCUACCAGUGCCAAAAUUGUUGAGAAUAUGGGAACAGAUUUUAUGGCAAGACAACAGCAACAUUUGGAAAAGCAAAAGAAACUUAUUGAGAAAGCAGGAUAUUCUUUCAACAACAACUCUGGUCGUUUGUCACCUCUGAGCCAGUACAGAAAACUGAAAGAAAAAGGAUUUAAGAUUGAUGAAACUGACAACACCAACGCAAACACAAAUGCUGUAGACGUUGAUAUACCUGGUACACCAAAAUCAGAAGCUGACGAACAGUCUGACACCAUGCCAGCCCUUCAACACAAUGGUUCUGGUAUGUCUGCAGGACUUCAAAGAAUUCUUGAUGGCCCAUAUUCCAACGGCAAUCCAGAUAUGGUGCUGAGACGCCACAAAACAAGAAUUCGAGCGCAUAUGAAAGGAAAUAAGUCAGUUGGAGACAGUUGUGAUGUGGAUGAUUUAAGAGAUGACAUUGAGAAUGGCUCAGCUCUCUCCCGCAGUAAGACAAUGCCGUCACUCGGACGUCCAAAACUCACGCGGAAAAUUACCUCAGGCAGCAAUUCUGAUCGCCUUGCCAAAGCCAAAGAUCAGGCAGAAAAAGCUAUUAAGAUGAAAAAAGUCUUCACGAUACAGGGUGGUUAUUCAGCAAUUCGGCAAUGUUUGAGAAAACGUGGUUGGGUAGAGAAGUUUUACAGAAUACCCGGACCACAAAAACAGACAAGGAAAAGAAGAAGAAGAGGUGGUGAUGAUGACGAUGAUGAUGAUGACGAUGAUGAUGAUGACGACGAUGAUGAUGAUGAUACAGAUAGUGACAAUGAUCAGCCAAAAGUGGCACCCUGGGAAGAGGAUGAUGGUAUAUAUGGAAUUAUGUCGCGUAUAGUCCGUAAUGUAAACCCCACCUUUAUCUGGGUGUUAAAACGAGAUGUAAUUGAUUACCGGUUCCUGACAAAAGAUCAGAUGGUCAACCAUUACUGCAAGGCUGGUUCCUUCACUACUAAGGUUGGCUUGUGUGUAAAUAUGCGUCAGGUACCAUGGUUUGAUGAAUCUGAUCCUGAUGAAUUCUACCCUAGAUGUUACAGACUUAGUCAUGAAGAAGAAAAAGCAGCAUUUAUAGAUGAUUUCAGAAUAACGAGUUGUGUUAACAUACUUAAGAUUGUUACCAACAUGUACAUGGAGGGUGGAGAAUGUAAUGAAGAGAGUAGAGAUAAGGAAAAUAUACCUAAAGAAACCACAGAAAAUACAUUUGAAUGUACAAAUCCGGAAUGCACACGCUCAAGACCCAAUCAAACAACAGAAAAUUUGUGCGUACAUGCGCUACAAAAGAAGGCGGAGGAGGAGCAAAAAAGGAAAGAAAGAGAACUUUUAGCUUCAGAUGAGGAUGACAAGGGAGAAAUGGAAAUAGAGUAUGAUGAAAAUGGUGUUGCCAAACCUCCAGAUUCUAGUAGGAAAAAGAAGAAAAAGCGUGUUGUAGUUCCCCAGAAAUGUCUUGACAGGGCCAUGAUACAGUGUGAGAAAUAUCUUACCUUUCGUAACCAUGACGAUAUAGAUCAACCUGUUGAGAGAGAUGCGUUAACUCCAGCACAGUGGGAUGAAAUGAUAAGCUGGUACUACCAACUUGUACAUGAUGGAGGUAUAAUACCUAAUGUUCCAGCAAGUAUUUUAGGGCAGAUUGAAAAUAUGUUGAACAGAAUCAAAGCACUUUGGCCCCAGUUUGACCUUGAUGGGGUGAAGAAUGUGUGGAUUGUCAAGCCAGGUGCUAAAUCAAGGGGAAGAGGUAUAACAUGCUAUGAUCGUCUUGAAGACAUGCUGAAACUGGUCUCUAGUCAGGUGGUCAGAAAGGACAAUAAAUAUGUCGUCCAAAAAUAUAUGGAGCGUCCUUUACUGAUACACAACUGUAAGUUUGAUAUCCGGCAGUGGUUUCUGGUCACAGAUUGGAAUCCUCUCACAAUCUACUUCUACAUGGAUAGUUACCUCAGGUUUUGUUCCCAGCAAUUUACACUGGAGGAUUAUGAUGAAGCAAUUCACCUGUCAAACAAUGCUAUACAGAAACAUUAUAAAAAUGGUCCACGAUCUAAAGAACUGCCAGAAGAGAAUAUGUGGACACAUGAACAGUUCAAAGAUUAUAUCAAAGGUCAGAAGAUGCCAAAUCAUUGGGAUGAGCUGAUCUAUCCUGGAAUGAAAAAAGCAAUCAUCUGUUCUCUACUCUCUACACAAGAUCUUGUAGAGUACAGAAAGUCUUCAUUUGAGUUAUAUGGUGCUGACUUUAUGCUGACAGAGGAUUAUAGACCAUGGUUGAUAGAGAUCAACUCGAGCCCAAGCAUGGAAAGUAGUACAGACAUCACUUCCCGUCUCUGUAAUAAUGUCCUAGAGGAUACACUCAAAGUGGUGCUGGACAGAAAAUGGGAUAGAAACUGUGAUAUAGGACGAUUUGAGUUGGCUUACAAGCAGCCUUUAGUGACUGUACCACCUUACAUUGGAAUAAAUCUUUGUGCUGAGGGCGGGACAAUAAAAAAGCCAAGUUGGAUGAAUGUAAAGAAAAACAUUGAUUCUGAUGCUGCGUUUUCUCCCAGAAAAGAAAAGCAGGUGAUAUUUAGUGACAAACUCACUGGCAACAGUGUUGAUCCUGUCAGUAAGACGGCAGGAAAUUUGCGGCGACCUCACAGUGAAAGUAAUCAGGAGGAGCAUAGUAAUUCUAAACCAAGCAAUUCAGCUCCUGUGAAAAAAUCUGUUAGCAGAGAUAAUAAUGAGUCACAUACACACGUGAAAAAGAAAUCGCACGUGCAGAAGUCUCCGAAGAUUGUGAACAAUUUAAGUGCAAAUCAAAGUAAUAGUAACACAAGUGUAUCUGCUGAUAAAUCAGCAAGUGAUAGUGCUAGUGUACAUAGUCAUCAUCAUUUAGAGCAUAGUCGCCAGUCGGAGCAUAGUCGUCACUCAGAGCAUGGUCGCCACUCGCAGCAGGGACGUAACUCGGAACAGGGACGCCACUCUGUGCUUGCUCGUGCAGAUCCUGAUACAGUGUUAGAUGAAAAAAGUUCAGAGCGAGGAGCAAAUAUUUCUUCCCCACCUUCCCCGGUGCUCGCCCCAAAAACGUCAAUGUUUGGAUCUGGUGCUGUUCCCACAACAAGCUAUUUUUCCAAUUUACCAUCAAAGAAAAUUGUGUCAAGAACUUCUGUAUCAACAAACUAUACUAUUCCUCCCUCAGAUAACAGAGAUCGUCCUGCUUUAAGUGUAAACAAUGUGGAAACAACUGAUCUGAAGACACUUAAAGCUCAAGCCAAAGAUAUGUUUCUGGCAUUUGACGGCAAGUCAUAUCCUCAAGGUGUCUACCCACUAACAGAGAGCACGUGGGCCCGGACCUGUAACGACUGUGGCAAUGGCAUGAACUUACAUUUAGAUAACAUUAAUCCUUUCUGUAAAUGCCGUAAAGACGGGAUCCGAAUGUCCCCAGAUCCACAGGAACCGCGAUCUCCCAGAUGUAGAAGUGCACGAAACAUUUCUCGUCCUCAAAGCCGCACAAGUCCUCGUCCGCCAAGUGCCUCGGGGACGCUUGCCAAGAGAGUGAAUAACACGUCCUCUGACACUGGUGGCAAGGUGUUGCUGCGAUACACUGACGGUUGGAUACAAAGGCCUAUAACUCCUCAAUUUUACGCAGGACCUAAUGCAUUGCCGAGACUUGUUCGAAGAUAUAUUGGGAGACGUGUUGGACAGUAUCAUGAAUUAUCAGUGGCCCAGAACCCAACUAUAUUUAUAGAUACAUCUCAGUUAAAUGGGGCUUUGUCAAUAGUUUCUCAUGGAUUUUGUUCAAAAUGAUAAUAAAGCUGUGAUAUGUUAGAAUAAAACUCAUGAGUGUUCACUGUAUGCUUUUUUAUAGCGGUAGUUUUAACAUAGAGAAAUCUAAAUAUUCAUUUAUAGUCUCCAAAAGCUGCAAAAUUCUUGUGAUAAAACUCAGGGAGUCACUCCAUGUUCAAAUGAAAUUGGAAAUCAGAUCUUUUCGCAUUUCAGGUGUAUUAGUUUCAUGCAGCUUUUAUUAGAAAAAAAAUGAGGUAUGUCACAUUGAAUAUUGCAGUAAAAUAUUGCAGUAAACACAUUGUAUCUAUCAUGUUUUUUCAUAAGAAAGACAAAAAUUAGGAAUGAGAGAAUACUUGUGGUCUGUGACCAUGAUUUUUCAUCAGUAUUUUUGACUGGCCUAUUAAAAAGAAAUUUUAUGCUAUAAUUGAGAUACUUGUUUUACAUGUAAAAUGUUUAUACCAGAUUCCUUUAAGGGAGGAGUUAUUGAUUAUUGUUUUAUUUUUACACACAGCUGUACAAAGAAUAUAACAGCAGUGUAUAUAAAUAUUCUGUUAGUAGAAGUAUUUUCAGUGUUUAACCUUUAGCAUGCUAGGUAAAUUGUCGUCUGCUGCAAAUGUCGUCUGCUAAAAUUGUUAAGUUCAUUCAAUUUGCUCCAAAAUUGGAAGAAAUAUUGUCAGAGUAGCAAACAGCUUGGAACCUGAUCAGACGCCGAUUUAAUCGGCGUCUGAUCUGGUUCCAAGCUGUUUGCAAAGGCUGUUAAAUUCGCCCGCAGCAGGCUAAGGGUUAAACAUAGAAUGGUCACUUUAGCAGUAUUUUUGGAGAGAUAAUUUGAUUCUUGAAAGAAAAUAUGGUUUUUGAUAAAGAAAAAUAAUGUCAUUUUACACAGUUUUUCAAGAAACUUCUGUGGCAUAGCUACUGUGUGACACAAGGAGAAGCUGUCUCCUCUCCUGGACCCAUGUCUAGGUUCUGCCUCUGUGUUAUUUCAUGUCUGUCAAGUAAAGUCACUGUUUUGAAAACGGAACAUUAUGUUUACUAUUUUAGACAAAAGAACAUGGGUACUUAGGGAAAGACAAUGUAAAUAUCAAGAGUCAAAUUUUCACUUCAGUAUUAGAAUGAUCUCAGUAGAGAUUUAAAAUAUGAAGUAUUCUUAUACAUUACUAAUAUAUAUAGAGCUGUUGCAGCUAUACAUUCAACCACACAAGCAGUUAGAAAGGUUACUAUAUUAUGUUUUGUCACCUCGGUGUGGAAGUGUGGUAACUCCAUAUUGAUAAGGGAGCAGAUACAGUAUUUUGCCCGGAGGUGACAAGUUACCUUUCAUACUGUGAGCAGGCAGGGCCUCAUAGUUAUCACAUCAUAUAUUAUACAGUUAUUGACUUAUGUUGAGGUCAAUAUGUGUUUUUACGGACCUGUAAAAAUGAUAUUGACUGAGGACGCAGUCCGAGGUCAGUAUCAUAUUUAUAGGUCCGUAAAAACACAUAUUGACCUCAGCAUUAGUCUAUAAUUAAUAUAUUAUAUGCCCUUCUCAAAUGUAUUUAUCUGACCAGCCAAUAUUUCAUACAUAUAAGAAAAAGUGAUAUCACAAGAGUCAUUAUUGCUCCGGCAGGUCAAUAUCGCUUUUUGCGGACCCGUGCGUGCACUCAUUUCGACCAAUCAAAUGAGCCCAUUUGAGAAGGGUACAUAAUAUUAUAUGAAUUAAUUCAAAAAGAUAAAAUUUCUUUAUGCCCAAAUGGAUAAUUAAAUUAAUUAUGAAAUGCAGACAGGAAACUUUGAUGAAUACGAGCUAUGUGCUAUUAAGUCAGUUCUCAAUGUAAAAUAAUGCACAAAAACUAAUGUAAAUCCUUAUAUAAUGUUGUUGUUGUUGCUGAAUAGAAUUGUUUCAGAAGUAUGUCAAAUUAACAAAUUUCUUUCAAAUUUUUGUAAUAUGUUACACUAUAUAAAUCAUUAACAGUAUUGUGCCAAAUGUUCUAUGAGAUUUGAUGUAAUUUCAUACGGAUUUUGUACUAUUUUCUUUCGUUCUGAAAUUUGUUGUGAUUUCGAAUAGAUACAACACAUUAAUGAGCACAUUCUCUUUUAAGUAUUAUUGAACUUCCAUUUCUAUUUUUGUCCGAUCACACACAGGAAUGGCAAAAUCGACUUUUACAGCUUGUCAAAAAGCCCAUAUGUACAUACAUGUGGAAUUUCACCAUUCUUUACUAUAUAACCAUUUUAUGGACAAGUAGAAAACAGCUUUUGGCAAAAAUGGAUAAGUAAGUCAAAAAUCAGAUUUUUGCCGCCUCUGCACACAGAGAAUCAUAGGCAAAAACAAUUUGGUUUUUAAGACGCAUUUCAUACCUAGAUAAACUGCCAGUACCAGGUUUAAGUGACUGCAAGUACAUUUGUAUCAGUAUUACAGGGUGUAAGACUGCAGAGUUUUACAACACAUUGCAAGUUUGGUGAAUGAAAACUUUUGAAGGACAUUAAUUUUCUCACAGUUUCUAUAUUAUGUCACCUUUGUGGAACCAUCAGUCCUAUCUCCACGAGGCCAGUAGCAUGGAUAGUGAUCAUCCAAAUAUACAGUUUACAGUAUACACUUAAUUUUUCUUGUUAACCUUUAGCCUGCUAAAUUUCUAAAAUGGACUGGUCCAUCAUUCAAUUUGGGCAACACCACUUAUUAUUCAAAGGGGUGUUCACAGAAAAUUUACUGACUGAAUAGCGAACAGUGAUCUUGGUCUGCACUUGUCGCAAAGACAGAAUCACUUAUCGCCAGCAGGCUAAAGGUUAGAUAGAAUACCACUUUUUGACUAUAUAUCAAUUAAAUUGUACACGUAUUGGGAAAAUUGUUUUAGUCAGUAUUGAGAAGUCUGUGAUAUUUGUUAAACACCGUAAAAUGAUUGUUAUUCGUAUGUCAGUAUUUUAUGCAUUAUGUUAUACAAAAUUUUUCUCGAAAGGUUAUUUUGUAUUUAUUUAUGCUUAGUAGAUAUUUUUCCAUAUGAUCUGAUGCUAUAUUGAUAUAUUAUUACUUGUCAUUGAAAGAGUGUCACUUAAAAUGUGAAACUUUAUAGUAGUACUGAGAGCAUACUUUUCAUAUCUUUAUUUUUUGUUUUUCAUACACCAGUACACAAUUUUGUCACAGGCUUGAUAGUAUAUUAUUACUAUAUAUUCAAAGAUUUAAAACAAAUAUAUAACUGAACCUGUACAUUUUCAAAAGCAGGCAGAUUCUUUUUGCUUACAGUGUAACGUUCCACAAAUUAAAACAAAAAUCCAUUGAAAAUUGAAUCUGAAUCUGCCUUACCCUGUUAAAUUUCUGUAAUAAACUUGUCCACCUUUCAGUUUGGACAGUACCAUUAACUGUUAAAAGGGGUGCUUACCAAAAAGAUACUGACUGAAUAGCAAACAGUGCAGAUCUUGAUCAGACUGCAUGGAUGCACAGGCUGAUCAUGAUCUGCGCUGGUCGCAAAGGCAGAAUCAAUCCUGUCCAGCAUGAUGAGGGUUAGGAACUCGUGCUGAUUUAUGUUUCCAUAUGCUAUGCAAUUAUUUUAUGAUAAAGUUUUAAAUGUGUUGCAAUGAGCUGUAAGUUCUUCCUAAAGUGCUUUUGUGUGUGUUGCAUUUUAUUUGCAUUUACUAGCAUGCUUCGUUUAAUAUGAAAAAAUGUGCAGCUAACCAACAUUUUGAGACCUAAAAUAACUACAAGUUAUAUAUAGACUUUUUUAGCUCACCUGGGCAAUGCUAAGGUGAUUUUUUCUGAUCGCUCAAUGUCCAUCGUCUGUCUGUUUGUUGUCUGUCGUGUGUCGUCUGUCUGUCAACAUUUAGAUUGUGUAUGCGAUAGAGGCUGUAUUUUUCAACUGAUCUUCAUGAAUUUUGGUCAGAAUGAUUGCAUUGAUGAAAUCUAGGCUGAGUUCGAAAAUGGGUCAUCUGGGGUAAAAAACUAGGUCACUAGGUCAAAUCAAAGAAAAACCUUGUGUGUGCAAUAGAGGCGUAUUUUUCAACUGAUCUUCAUAAAAUUUGGUCAGAAUGAUUACCUUGAUGAAAUCUAGGUCGAGUUUGAAAAUGGGUCAUCUGGGGUCAAAAACUAGGUCAAAUCAAAGAAAAACCUUGUGUAUGCGAUAGAGGCUGUAUUUUUCAAUUGAUUUUCAUGAAAUUUGGUCAGAAUGAUAGCCUUGAUGAAAUCUAGGUCAAGUUCAAAUAUGGGUCAUCUGGGGUCAAAAACUAGGUCACUAGGUCAAAUCAAAGAAAAUACUUGUUUUUGCUCCAAUUUUAAUGAUAAUUGGUCAGAAUAUUUUUUUCCAUGAAACCACUAGGUCAAUUACACUGUUAUGGUGUAUUAUGGUGUGUUUCUCAGGUGAGCAACCUAGGGCCAUCUUGGCCCUCUUGUAGACAUUUUCAAUUAAUCCAGAUAUGAUGAUUCAAAACUGUGAGCCUCAUUUUAAACAAUUCAAUUGGUAAUUAGAAUAAGCUAAAAGGAUGGCCUUUUAAACAGACUGUGCUUUUAAAAAGUUUUGAAUGUCUGAAGACAUAUCUCAACAGUGUUGAUCCAAAAGCCCACAACUGCAAAAUGGCAACUUUUCAGGAUACAAUAAAAAUACAUUUUCUCUGUCAUAGCAAUGACUUGUUCUGAGGAACAAAGGUUUUUAGACCCAGUUUUAUAUUGUGUUGCUGAAAUGAAAAAUUAAUUAUUAUUAUUAACCUUUACCCUGCUAAAUUUCUAAAAUGGACUGGUCUAUCAUUCAGUUUGGGCAGUACCACUUCUUAUUCAAAGGGGGUUUCACUGAAAAUUUACUGACUGAAUAGCGAAUAGUGCAGGAUGUGCAGGCUGAUCUUGGUCUGCACUGGUCGCAUAGGUAGUCACUUGCCGCCAGCAGGCUAAGGGUUAAUACUUUAACAAUUUUUAUGACACCAUCCUUUUACUCAAAUAUCUAGUGCCAAUUUUUUUAAAACAUUUAAUACAUUUACAUACCGGGUACUUUUUAAAAAAAUGUUGAUGAAGGUUUGAUACCAGUAGGGCCCUUUCAUAAAAUAACAGUUUGCAAAAGGAUUAUGUCACUACCAUGAUAAAAUGCCUAUCUCAGUUGGGUUGCUGUUUUUUUUCCAAAGCCGUUACUCAGAUAAUGGAAGCAUUUAUUAAUCAAAUUUGAUAUCUUGUUAUUUCUGUGUGUUUUUUUCCCAUUAACUUUAUCCAGAAUUCAUACAAACAGAUGUAAUAUUAAAAAAAUGGUGAUAAGUUUAUGUUAAUUAGUUUAUACCUGUAGAUGUAAAGCACACUGUGCUGAAACUGUUGUCAGAUUCUGUUAUUGUGUUAUUUUAGAGUGAAUUUGCAAACAUUGUUAUUUCAUAGUGUUUUGAUUUGAUACAAUGGUUUCUAUAUAUUAAUUUGGAAUAUUUUGCAGAUUUUUUAUUAUUUACAGUAUAAUAUUUUAUAUAUAUGUAACCAAUGAUGCUUACAAAAAGGUAUAUAAUAAAGUUUGUUAACUUUC